AUGGCUUCCAUGAGAGUCGGUACCUCCGCCCUGCGCGCCUCCAUGGCCGCUCCCUCCACCAUGAGACAGGCUGCCCUCCGCGCCUACUCGUCCAAGAGCACUGAGACCUUCGCUGCCAAGAUCCCUGGCGAGAUUGAGAAGAUCAAGAAGCUCCGCAAGUAUGUCUCAACAUCCACGCUGACACCAACAACUUUUUACGUUACCCUCGACCAGGUCUACGGUGGUGCCCGUGGCAUCAAGUCCCUUGUCUGGGAGGUACGACACGUCCAUUCGCUCGAGGAAAAAUUGUUUCGGCUGCUAACAAUAUACACAGNNGGUUCCGUCCUCGACUCUGAGGAGGGUAUCCGUUUCCGUGGCAAGACCGAGCUUCUCNCCAAGGCUCCCGGCGGUCAGGAGCCUCUUCCCGAGGGUCUCUUCUGGCUCCUCCUGACUGGCGAGGUUCCCUCCGAGCAGCAGGUUCGCGACCUCUCCGCCGAGUGGGCUGCCCGCUCCGACCUCCCCAAGUUCGUUGAGGAGCUCAUCGACCGCUGCCCCAACACCCUCCACCCCAUGGCUCAGUUCUCUCUGGCCGUCACUGCGCUUGAGCACGAGUCUGCCUUCGCUAAGGCCUACGCCAAGGGUAUGAAGAAGGCCGAGUACUGGGAGCACACCUUCGAGGACUCCAUGGACCUCAUUGCCAAGCUCCCCAACAUUGCCUCGCGCAUCUACCGCAACGUUUUCAAGGACGGCAAGGUCCCUGCCACCCAGAAGGACAAGGACUACUCAUGGAACUUGGCCAACCAGCUCGGUUUCGCCGAGAACCAGGACUUUGUUGAGUUGAUGAGACUUUACCUCACCAUCCACACCGACCACGAGGGUGGCAACGUUUCCGCCCACACCACCCACUUGGUCGGCUCCGCCCUCUCCUCUCCUUUCCUCUCGCUCGCCGCUGGUCUCAACGGUCUUGCUGGUCCCCUCCACGGUCUCGCCAACCAGGAGGUUCUCAAGUGGCUCACCGAGAUGAAGGCCGAGGUUGGCAACGACCUUAGCGACGAGUCCAUCAAGAACUACCUCUGGUCCACUCUUAAGCAGGGUCGUGUUGUUCCCGGUUACGGCCACGCCGUCCUGAGAAAGACCGACCCCCGUUACGUCUCUCAGCGCGAGUUCGCCCAGCGCAAGCUUCCCGAGGACCCCAUGUUCAAGCUUGUCUCGCAGGUUUACAAGAUCGCCCCUGGCGUUCUUACCGAGCACGGCAAGACCAAGAACCCCUACCCCAACGUUGACGCCGUAAGUUUCUCAUUAGAUUUGAAGUUGCAAGCACAUUCAGCUGACAUGACACUCUUUAGCNACUCCGGUGUCCUCCUCCAAUACUACGGCCUUACCGAGCAGAACUUCUACACCGUCCUCUUCGGUGUUUCGCGUGCUCUUGGUGUCCUUCCCCAGCUCAUCAUCGACCGUGCCGUCGGUGCCCCCAUCGAGCGCCCCAAGUCCUUCUCCACCGAGGCCUGGGCCAAGCUUGUUGGUGCUAAGCUUUAA